AUGAUAGACGAAAUCAAGAAAAAGGUUAAAUACAACCAAUAAUGUCCAUACAUCGCCACCAUAUGUCGACACAUGCUCGAUUUUGAUUUCGAAAAAUUAUGCUCCGUUACUCUUUCAAAUCUGAAUGUGUAUGUGUGUCUCAUCUGCGGCAAAUAUUACUAAGGGAAAUCCAUCAAUACCCAAGCCUACAUUCAUUCACUCGAAUAAGACCAUCACUUAUUUAUGAAUCUUCAAAAUACUAAAAUAUACUGUUUACCAGAUAACUAUGAAGUGGUCGAUCAUUCACUUGAAGAUAUCCAAUAUAAUCUAGAUCCUAAAUUUAAUAAUCUUAAGGAAUUGGAUGAUAAUGUCGAAGAAUCCAGAGCCUUGGAUGGAACUACAUUCCUGCCAGGGUUUGUCGGAUUGAACAAUCUAAGCAAAUCAGACUAUUUCAAUGUUGUCAUGCAAGCCUUGUGUCGUAUCAAACCAUUGAGAAAUUUCAUGAUCUUCUUGCAAUUCCAAAAGAGUGCCACAGAACCUUUCGAUUACAAUUGUCUUCUAUCCCAAAGAUUCUCAGAAUUAACGAGAAAAAUUUGGAAUCCUCGGAAUUACAAAGGACACGUGAGUCCUCAUGAAUUGCUCCAAGCUGUCACUCUUAAAAGCAAUAAACAAUUCAAAAUCGGAUAACAAUCAGAUCCUAUGCAUUUGAUCAUCUGGUUUCUAGACAACCUUAAAAAAGAAUUAUUGCACAUCAACAAAAUCAAUACUAUCAUAUCUGAUUGUUUCCAAGGAGAAUUGCAAUACGAAUGGUACAAACCACUUAAAAAUGCCAUUGGAUAUCAACCAAUUCCAAUUAUCGAAUAAAAAUCAUUCUUCUAUCUGUCUUUAGAUCUACCUUCAACUCCACUCUAAAAGGACGGCAGUUAAAAGGCUCUAAUUCCCAGUAUAUCGAUUCAAGAAUUAAUUAAAAAGUACGACGGAUUCACUAAUACAGACAGUGCUGAUGGCAGAAGAAGAUACACAAUUACCAAGUUUCCCAAAUAUUUGAUUAUACAUAUGAAGAGAUUCAUCAAAAAUAAUUUCUUUAUGGAAAAGAACCCAACUAUUGUUACCUUCCCAUUAAAUGAUUUGGAUUUGAGUUAAUGCUUAAACUUGGAAUAAUAAAAUGUCAAGUAUAAUUUAAUAGCCAAUAUUUGUCAUGAGGGAACAGCCAAAGUUGGAAUCUACAAAAUUCAUGUUAAAAACGAGGCCAACAAUCAAUGGUUCUAAAUUCAAGAUUUGCAUAAACAAAAUAUUGUUCCUUAACUUAUCAGUGUAAGUGAGGCUUAUGUAUAAAUUUAUGAAUUAUAAUAAUAACAAUAAUGA